GCCAACCGAUUUUUCGAGCCCAGAGGGCAAAGGACGACAGAGAAUAAUUAAACUUUUUUCGUUGACUGUUUUGAGUGCCAUUUUGUAUUUUGAGGUCUUUCAGUUAGUCGAUUUUGUUAUCAACUAAUUUCUUUAAUAUGCCUCAGCCGAAAUGGUAUGGAAAAUCUCUUUCGGCAUUGUGCAUGGAAAAUAUCGCCGAUAACAUGGAGAAAUGGACGGCAUUGCGUAGCUCGGAGGAUGUUUCCUGUAAUUUUUAUUUACUGCCUUCACAUUGUCUGGAGUACAUGACUGAAUGUCGCUUGGAAAACUACUCGAUAACAGAGGACAUGUUUGAUUUACUUUUAAGCCAACACGUGAAAGUUCUGGAUUUAUCAAAACUGGGCACUGGACGUGAUGCAGAAAGAAAUCUUCGCAUCGUUCGUCUGGCAUCUGACAGAUGUUUGCAACUCACUACACUGAAGAUUCAUGAUGGCUGGGGUUCUUUUUUCAAUGAAAAUAGAAAUUUUGAAGUAGAAGAGGCUUUUGCUUCUAUUUUGCAGCGUUUUGAGUUCUUGCAAAUUCUUGAUUUAUCUUCCACAAUUUAUGGUGCAUGUUGCAUGCUCAAACUUGGAUCAACUUGUAAACCAAAAAUAAAGGAGUUGCUAGUUGAUUACUGCCCUGGUGUGACUGAUUCUGUAGUUGAAGUUUUUUGUAACGGUCAAAGUUCCCUUCACAAAUUAUCAGUUAGGAGAACGGAAGUGACUCUUAUCGGAAUUAGAUUUGCUAUCGAACACUUGCCAGAGCUGAAAGAGUUAUAUUGCGAAAAUAAGUUUGAUAUCCUCAAUGUUUUUCGUGGAAUUCGUAAUGACAACAGAGAAUCAAAAAGAUAUUCCUUGGCCAAGUUGAUUAUGCUGAAUAGCAUGUGGAAUGUGCCAGACAAAGUCCCCUAUGAAAAAGGCAGCGUUUCAUUGAUGGUUGACAUGUGUCCGUCGCUCGUCGAUCUUUUCAUACAUGUAGACGACGUAGGAUUUACGAAUGAGGAGUUAUUAGGUUUUGGACAGCUUCAAAAACUAAAAAAUAUCGAAAUUGAUCAGGGGUCGUCAGUCUCUAUUCGUGGCGGAGUAAUUCCUCUUCUACAAGUUCGUGGCCUUACACUUGAAACGUUAUCUUUAUUGAUGGAAGUAACGAGUGAAGAAGUCUACCUCAUCAUCGAGAGCUGCCCGAACAUUCGCCAUUUGGGACUUGUAAUAAAAAGUACCGGUCAGGAUACUCCUGAACCUGUGGUAGAUGAUGGCGGCCACUCUUCUCAUUGUUCCCCAAAGGAAGUAAUUCCGUUAAGGAUGCUGGAAGACAUCUCUCUGUCUUCUUAUUAUUCUCCAUUCCCUAUUUCACGCAAAUUGUUGCUAUUGCUUUUGUCUUCCCCUGCUCUUACAGCGGUUUCCAUAUAUAAUAGUUUCACGCUUGAUGACCAGAUCAUUGAGGAAGCUUGCGCUAAAAACAGUUUCAAGUAUUUGACCAAGUUAAACCUUUACGGUUGUUCUAAUGUGAGCCAGAAAGGCAUCGAUUUUUUUCUGAACGAAACGAAUCCUUUAGACGACAUUUCUGUAGAAUACUGUGGAAAUGUGAACUGUGAUCGUUUUAAAAUGAUGCUAGAAGGGAAGCACUGGAAUGUCAAGUGGAAUGUUGAAGAUUAAGAGGUGAUUGCAGUAAGAAAAUGCUAUCCAAUGUUUUUUUUUUUAACUCGUCGUUUUUCCUGCCCAAACAGCAAACACUUAUUUCCUUAUGUUUAUACUGUAUGCUUUCAUAAAAUCCUCACCUGGAAUUCUCAUAAGAUUCUUUAUCUGGUGUACACGAGUCAAGAUUAAAUAGUCACGGAAUUCAA